AGUGGCCGUGUUAUCGAAAUGUCGGACGAUAAUAUUCUUGACCCAUCAGUGAUUUUCAAAAUAAAUGAACACUGAUUUCGUACUUGAGCCGUGGACGAUCACACGUUUUUGUUGCUCAUUUAGGUGAUGGAGUGUUAAUGGACGAUGUCGUCGAAAGUACCGGCGGGCCCCCGUGAAGUCACGAUAACAAAGAGCAUCACCGGCUUUGGAUUUAAUGUUCGUGGACAGGUUAGCGAGGGCGGUCAACUUAAGAGCAUAAAUGGUCAACUCUACGCUCCUUUGCAGCACGUCAGUGCUGUACUCGAAGGAGGAGCCGCUUACGACGCGGGGAUUCGAAAAGGAGACAGGAUCCUCGAAGUGAAUAAUGUGAAUGUCGAAGGAUCAACACACAAACAAGUUGUGGACUUGAUCAAAUCGGGUGGUGAUGUGUUGACGCUGACGGUAAUUUCCGUUACACCUCAAGAAGCCGAAAGACUUGAACCAAGUGAAGAUCAAUCUGUAUAUAAUUAUAUAGAUUAUAGUGAUAAAAGAUCAUUACCAAUUUCUGUACCAGAUUAUCAUACAGUUGAUAAAGAUGGAGACAAAUAUGUGGUGUUCAAUAUAUAUAUGGCUGGUCGACAUCUGUGUUCAAAAAGAUAUAGUGAAUUUGCCAAUCUACAUGCUAACCUCAAAAGAGAGUUUAUUGGGUACAGUUUUCCUAAACUCCCGGGAAAGUGGCCAUUUACGUUAAGUGAACAACAACUUGAUUCUAGAAGAAGGGGUUUGGAAUUAUACUUGGAAAAGGUAUGUGCUGUUCGUGUUAUAGCUGAAUGUGAAAUAAUGCAAGAUUUUCUUGCUGAUUCUGGUAACAUACAGAAUAUCGACUCCAUAGUGGAUUUAAAAAUAAUAUUACCUGACCGAGAAAUAGUAGUUAUUAGAACUAAAAAAAAUGCAACAGCUGAUAGUGUUUACAACAGUGUUAUUGAUAAAAUACAAAUGGCUGAAAAUACAGCAGUUUAUUUUUACCUAUUUGAAAUUGUUGAGUAUAAUUUUGAAAGGAAAAUUCAACCGAAUGAAGUAGCUCAUCAACUUUAUGUUCAAAACUACCGGACAGCGAGUGCUAGUUGUUUAUGUAUAAAGCGAUGGUUAUUUAAUCCAGCUGUUGAAACUCGUCUCAUAGAAUCAGAUAAUUUAGCUGCUACGUUUAUUUUCUGGAGUACUAUAGACGAAGUUGAUCGUAAUCAUAUCAUUGUAGGAGACCGUUUAUAUGAGCUAAAAGCUUUGCAAGAUUCUUCCAAAAAAUUAGAUUAUUUAAAAAUGGCUAAAGAAUUACCUGGUUAUGGUGAAGUAAUAUUUCCACAUUGUCCGUGUGACUCUCGAAAGACUGGUCAUGUAAUGGCAGCAGUUGGUUAUUUAGGUCUUAGACUUAUAGCAUGUACUGAAGAUGGUACUCUUGAGAAUCAAAUUGUUGAAUUCACAUGGAAAACUAUCAAAUGCUGGGAGGUUGAUGAGUCUAAUGGAUUAUUUAGUUUUCAGUUUCAACGUGAAGAAAAAAGCCCCAAAUGUGUUAAAUUACACACUCCUUAUUUUACAUUCCUAGCAGACUGCUUUAAUCGAAUACAAGAGGAAUCAUGGAAAAUUAAAACACCAUAAAACAAUAAAUGCAUAGUAGUGUACAUUUUGAACGUGUAUGAAAUAUUUAAUUUAAUUUUAUGAGUAUAAAAUAAAUAAAAUACCUAAAUAGUAUUAUGGCAAUAUAAUUUUUUUUUGGUAUACGCUUUGAUUGAUGAAUAAUACUAUAUUCUCCAUUUAAAGUGUGAUCCUCAAUUAAUUAAAUUUUCUUUAAACAAAAAAUUAAGAUAAUGUGAUAGUGACAACAGGCGCCAUAUAAAUAUGUUUAUUAUUUUGAACCUUACAAAAGUCUAUUAUUUCGGUUUUUUACUAACUUAUUCAUUUUUAUUUUUUUCAAAUAGUUACUGUCCAUCAAAUAUCAACUAUGAAUUUGUGUAUAUUUUUAAAAUUAAAAUCUUGAAAUUUAUUUUUUUUACUAUAUUACAUUUUAAUAAAUUUUUAAUUUUGUUCUAUAUUUAGUAUAAUUUUAUUUCAAUAUAAUAUGGUAAAUGGGAAAAAUGUUGGACUUAUUUAUUUUAUUAAAUAUUCAUACCAUCUAAUUAAAAAAAACUCUAAAGUUUAAAAUAUAAUAUUUCCAUAUGACAAUUAGUUUUAUAAAAUUAUUAUAAUAAAUUAGAGCGAAAUUAAAAAUUAUCAAAUUAUUAGAAUUAACUAUGAUGUAACAUGUUAAGAGGUUUGUUUUUAACCUAUUAUUUUCUGUAUAUUUAAAAAUUUAAUUUCUUGUUUAACAUUCCCAAGUAUGAUUAGAUUUCCAUUAUAUGGAAUGAAACAUUUUUUCCACCAUUUAAAUGUAUUCCUAGCUAGUUUUCCUUAUUUUUUCUUUUGAUCUACUUUUAUUUUUAGUAUUAUAUUUAUAUAUAAUUAAUUAAAUUCUGAUUUGUCAUAUACUCAUAUGGACAUACAUAAUAUAAUAUAUAUAUUAUACAAAUACAAUAUAUUAAAUAGUUAAUCUAGUUUAUGAAUACAAUUAUUAUAUUAUAUUUAUUUUUCCACCAAAAAUAUAGUGCCAGCAUUAUUGUAAUUUGGGCCAUUUAUAAGACUUCGGUUUUACUUUCAGUUGUUAUAUUUAAAACCUUUUAAACAAUAUGACAUUGUUUUGAUAACAAAUACAUUGUUUAAUGACUAUUUAUUGUAUCAUUUUAUUAUCGUAUAUUAUUAUUGCAAUAUGUUAACAUGUUAUAUCUUGUAUUGAUUGAAAGACAUUUUUUUUUUAAUUUGAUUAUUUAAUAAUAUAGGCACAUAAUUAAUUUUAUUUCAUCAAUAAAAUUGUAUUAUACUGAGUGUUCAACAAGUGAUCAUAUAUAGGUUUACAUUAUUUAAUCAUUUUAUAAGCUCGUUUUGAAAUAUAUAUUUUUUUGUUUUAUAUACUAUGAUAAUGAUAAAAAUUGUACCUGCAAUAUUGUAUAUUCUGUUUAACACUCUGUAUAGUAAUUCAAUUUUAUAUCAAGAUUUGUUAUGAAUUAUGAUAUUAUUAUAAUUAAUUAUUUUUCAAUUUUCUUUAUUGUAACUAUGAUUUGUUUUAUGUAAAUUGAAGAUCUAAGAUAACAAGUGAUCGCCAACUAUUGUGAUCUACAUUAAGCUGUACGGAUAAACCCUAUUUUUUGAUUGUGAAGUGGAGUAGUAAGUUAAACAUAAAUAUUGUUUUGUUAAUGCCUUGUUGUAUGUAAUUAUAAUGAAAAUUUAUUCACAUAAUAUGACUCUAUUUAGUAAAAUAUAUUUUUUGAAAGUGAUGUUCUCGAAAGCUUAAACUCCACUUGACUUUUAAUUAUUAUAUUUUAUUAUAACACUGUCUGCCACUCAGUAUUUUAUAUGUUUUAGAUUUUUUUUUACAAUUAUGAUUAUUAUUAUUAUUACUAUUAUUGAGUCUAUCUAUAUAACCACGGAGGUUGUAAUAUUAAACAAUAUAUAUAUAUUUUUUUAAAUACAUAAUAAAAUAAAUAUUCAAUAUUACCAUUUA